AUGUCAGCAAAGUCCAUCUACGAGGCCGACGGCAAGGCCAUCCUCAACUACCAUCUCACCCGCGCCCCCGUCAUCAAGCCCUCUCCGCUGUCUCCUGCGGCCUCCCACAACCCUCCACCCAAGCUCGCCUCGCUCGACUUCCCCCCAGACGUCGCGGUAGAGGCUGUCCUCGACCAGGCAGAGGCUACCUAUCCCUGGCUGCUCUCCAAGGAUGCCCGCUUCGUUGCAAAGCCGGACCAGCUCAUCAAGCGUCGGGGCAAGAGCGGUCUCCUCGCACUCAACAAGACGUGGGCGGAGGCCAGGGCCUGGAUAGCAGAGAGGGCAGGGCGUGAGCAGCAGGUAGAGACCGUCGUCGGCGUCCUCAGACACUUCCUCGUCGAGCCUUUUGUCCCGCAUCCCCAGGACACCGAGUAUUACAUCAACAUCAACUCAGUGAGGGAGGGAGACUGGAUAUUGUUUACACACGAAGGUGGAGUGGACGUGGGGGAUGUCGAUGCCAAAGCAGAGAAGCUGCUGGUGCCGGUCAACCUGAAGCAGUACCCCAGCAACGAGCAGAUCGCGGCUGGCCUGCUGAGCAAGAUCCCCAAGGGCCUGCACAACGUGUUGGUCGACUUCAUCACCCGUCUGUACGCCGUCUACGUCGACUGCCAGUUCACCUACCUCGAGAUCAACCCCCUGGUCGUCAUCCCUGAUGCCAGCAAGUCCUCGGCCACCGUCCACUUCCUCGACCUGGCCGCAAAGCUCGACCAGACCGCAGAGUUCGAGUGUGGCACCAAGUGGGCCGCCGCUCGCUCCCCUGCUGCUCUCGGCUUGGCCGCUACUGCGGCUGCAAAGGUCACCAUCGAUGCCGGCCCGCCCAUGGAGUUCCCGGCUCCCUUUGGCCGUGAGAUGAGCAAGGAAGAAAGGUACAUCUCCGAUAUGGACGCCAAGACGGGCGCCUCUCUCAAGCUCACCGUCCUCAACGCCAACGGCCGCAUCUGGACCCUGGUGGCCGGUGGUGGUGCCUCUGUCGUCUACGCAGACGCCAUCGCCUCGGCCGGCCACGUCUCCGAGCUCGCCAACUACGGUGAGUACUCGGGCGCUCCCACUGAGACCCAGACAUACAACUACGCCCGCACCGUCCUCGACCUCAUGCUCAGGGCGCCCCUCCGGCCCGAAGGCAAGGUCCUCUUCAUCGGCGGCGGUAUCGCCAACUUCACCAACGUGGCCACCACCUUCAAGGGCGUCAUCCGCGCCCUGCGUGAGGUCGCUCCCGUCCUUGUCGAGCACAAGACUCAGAUCUGGGUCAGGAGAGCCGGUCCAAACUACCAGGAGGGUCUCAAGAACAUCAAGGCCGUCGGAGAGGAGCUGCAUCUGGACAUGCACGUCUUUGGGCCUGAGAUGCACGUCUCCGGUAUCGUCCCUCUGGCUCUCAGCGGCAAGACCACCGAUAUCAAGGAGUUUGGCUGUUAGCCUCUCUCCCCUCC